AUGAUUCUGCAGUUGUUGGUCGGAGAAGCUUGUUCUCGGGGAGAGAUGUCUGGUUGUGGUAAAACCGGAGGCAAAGGGUGUGCCAAGGCCAAGGCUCGCUCCUCCAGAGCCGGUCUCCAGUUCCCGAUUAGCGGUAUCCACCAGCUGCUGCAUAAGUGUCACUAUGCCAAAUGUGUGGGGGCCGGAGCCCCCAUCUACUUGGCCACAAUCCUGGAGAACCUGAUGGCCGAGAUCCUUGAGCUAGCCGGCAAUGCAGCCUGGGACAACAAGAAGCCCCACAGUGGCCCCCACCACCUGCAACUCACCAUCCGCAAUAAUGAGGAGCUCAAUAAGCCGCUGGGAGCGGUCAUCAUAGCCCAGGGUGGGGUCCUGCCCAACAUCCAGGCUGUGCUGCUGUCUAAGAAAACUGGCCACCCCAGCAAGGAUUAUACCUGA